AUGUCUUGCACAGUAUCUAUGAGGAAGCAAUCUCAGCUCACAAUGGGGCCUGUAGCGACAACAAUGACACAAGACACGCUUACAGAAAGUAUCAAAAGGCCGCCUGAGAGGCGAAGGACCAACUGCCAAUCAGCGGCCGCGACCCAGCGACGUCCGCCUGUCGAUGCGCUGCCCUUCGUUGCGGGCGCCGUCCCGCGCUCCCCCCCCCUCCCUGCUUCCGACGAGGAAGAAGAGGACGGGUUCACGCUCCACACCCGCCGCCGCCGCCGCCCGCCCCACGCCUUUGUCUGCGGAGUGGCGGACACAUUGGAGCUCCCCAGGGCUGGAGGUGGCCUGCGGCGACGCCGUCAGAGCACCGCGCGAAGCCCUCGGGAGGCUCUGGCCGCCCUGCGAUGGAGAGCCGUGGAGGGCCACGGGAAGCGCCAAGGUUCUUCUCUAUGUCUUGCGAGGCUGACCGAUUGGCCAUAGAUGCCCGUAAGGGUAAAAAUGGUCGCAUUGCAUUUUCCGUGCGUUCACAAAGAGGGCUCUGGCAGCAAUACUUUCUGAGGAAGGCUACAAUACGCUGGUCGAAACGUUAGCCAGUGACGCGGCUCGACCCGAGUAGCCUAGAUGGCACAAACUCUUAUCAUCACCGUAUCAUAUUUUCACAGUUACCAUUAAAUGCAAUAGUGGUCGCUAAUGACUAGAUGUUGAUGAGAUAUUAAAUAAAUAAUAAUAAUGAUAAUAAUA